GAUACUUGAAAGAUAAGAAGCUCCUCCGGACCGGAUCACCCGGGGGAAAUCGUUCCGGUUAUUUCGAAACGGGUUGUUGUUUCUGUGCCCAUCCAGUGGGGCUGCUGAUCCAACAGAAGCCGUGGUACGAUCAAAAGCUCUGUUGAAGAAGCAGCAGAGCAGCACAGUGAGCACUUCUUAUAGAAAAAAAUGUGUUCUGAGGAGAAAUUGCGGUCGAGUGCAAGUGCAUCCGGUGCAAAGAAAAAUAAGAAAAAAUAAAAGCUGGUGAAAAUAUUCAUGCUUCGGAAAGUCGAUAUGUAAUGAAGGAUAAUGGUUCUGCCCGGGUGUCCUCCCACGUGCUACUAACUAUAGCUAGCUUGGCAGCAGGGCCAGAAGACAGAAAAAAGUAAAGACGAGACAGAGCAAACACUGCGGUGGAAGACUAUCAUCGAGCGCAGCGAAAAGCUAGUGUUGUUGGUUGGGACAAACUGCUGCAAGAUUGCUGCAAAUAGAACAUCGCCGAGAGCCAAAUCUCCAAAAUGAUGGAUGCCCCGGUGAAUUUUAAUGAGGCCGGCUACCUCGGCAGUUUCCUGUCCAACAGCCUCAAAACCAACCAGCUGGAGGUCAACACCGACUCCAAGACCCUGCGGCCGAUCGCUCGGCUUAAGGAACCACGGGAACUUUUCGCACUGCCCAAGGAGCGGGACUAUGACUGCCCCCAGCAGGCCCCCCGAUGGCCGAUCGAGUGUCAGGUCCAGGAGGAGCGAAUCUACCACAUUGCCUACGCGCCGGAAUCGCCGGAACCGUACUACCAGCCCACGGGCAAGGAACUGCAGCCGCGACCCGUGGGAGAGGAAAACGGUGUAAUCGUCUUCAACUACAACCCAACGAGUGCGGUACAUUAUGAUAGCCGCUACAGCCCAGAGUUGGACCUGGAAGACGAUUCGUUGUGGCGCUACCUUGGUCAUAGCGAUGGUUCCGAUGGCGAAGACGAAAACGACGACGACGACGAAUCUUUCGAGUACGCCGACGAUGACGUCCAGUACGACGGCUUUCUCAAGUAUUGGCCCAGUGAAUAUGACCAGAACCUUACGUACGAACAGAUAAAUGACGAAUCGGAGAUCUUCACCCAAGACCAGCUGAAGAAAAUGGCUCUCGAACAGUCAUCCAGAUCUUCACUAACGCACACCAACGGCACUGUCUCGUCCCUUGAUCCGGAAAAUCCGGAGCAAAGCUCACAAGAUUGCACGAGUGCCAGUAGCACCAAUAACGGUGUUGAAGUUCCCAAAACUGCACCACAGGACUUCUACGCCAGUGAUCCGGAGUCCGACAACGACUCCGAGGGUGAACAGAGCAAGCACGAGAUUGACUCGUUUAGCCGGUCCACGGUUGGCGGUUCGAAGGCACAAACGACGGCCCACCCGAACGUAUUCGAUCCGGACGAUUUGGUGUUCGAGUCGCGCUUCGAGAGCGGAAAUCUGGGCCGGGCCAUCAAGAUCACGCCCACAUACUACGAGUUGUACCUGCGGCCGGACAUGUACACCAACCGGCACACCCAGUGGUUCUACUUCCGGGUGAAGAACACCAAGGCGAAGGUCGUGUACAGGUUUUCCAUCAUCAACCUGACGAAACCGGAUAGUCUGUACAAGGAGGGCAUGCGUCCGCUGAUGUACUCGACGCUGGAUGCCGAGUAUCGACAGAUUGGGUGGCAGCGCUGCGGCGAGAAUAUCGCCUACUUCCGGAACGAUGACAAUGGGUUCAACUUCAGCAACUACCAUCAUCGGCCAACGCUCGGCGACGACGAUGACGAGGAGUACGUCGGCAACAGUACCUUUACCCUGUCGUUCAACAUUGAGUUCCGGUACGAUGGCGAUACGGUGUUCUUUGCCCACAGCUACCCUUAUACGUACUCGGACCUGCAGGACUAUCUGAUGAACAUCCAGCGCAAUCCGGUCAAGUCCAAAUUCUGCAAGCUGCGGCUGUUGUGCCGCUCCCUGGCCGGGAACAACGUCUAUUAUCUCACCGUGACGGCACCGUCGACGCACGAAGAUGACAAUCAGAAGAAAAAGAAAGCAGUAGUCAUCACCGCACGUGUUCACCCUGGAGAAAGUCCGUCGUCUUGGAUGAUGAAGGGCCUUAUGGACUUUAUUACCGGUGAUUCUUAUGUGGCCAAAAAACUACGCCACAAGUUUAUCUUUAAGCUAGUGCCUAUGCUCAAUCCGGAUGGCGUCAUCGUGGGCAACACCCGCAGUUCGCUAACGGGACGGGAUCUCAACCGUCAGUACCGCACCGUAAUCCGGGAAACGUACCCGUCCAUCUGGAACACCAAGGCAAUGAUUAGAAGACUGAUGGAGGACUGUGGCGUAGCAAUGUACUGCGAUAUGCAUGCGCACUCGCGCAAACACAAUGUGUUCAUCUAUGGCUGCGAAAACCUGAAGCGGCACCCUGACCGGCGGCUGCUCGAGCAGGUCUUCCCGCUGAUGUUGCACAAGAACGUGGCCGAUAAGUUUUCCUUUGAAAAUUGUAAAUUUAAAGUACAGAAGAACAAGGAAGGAACGGGCCGGAUCGUGGUUUGGGUUCUGGGAGUAACGAACAGCUACACACUGGAGGCUUCCUUUGGUGGCAGCACCAUGGGAGGCCGAGCCGGGACGCAUUUUUCCACUGCGGACUACGAACACAUCGGCCGGGCGUACUGCGAAACCCUUAUGGACUAUUACGACGAUAAUCCGAUCAAAGAGAAACUCCGGAUGAAGAUUUUGACCCGUCUGUCCAAGGAAGGGUCCAGUGCGGAGGAACCCUUGAAUAUUCCACUAUCGGAUUAUUCCAGCGACGAAGGCGAUACCAGCACCAGCAGUUCUGAGGAUGAAGCCGGUAAAGACAGCAUGGCCGAGCUCGAAGGACCAUGUUGUUCGGCUCUCAAGGUGCCACCAUCAUCGCCAGUUCUACCGCUCAAACUCAAAGGAAACAAAAAGGGCAAGAAACGCAUCCCGGCGGCAAAGCCAUUCCGGCGAAAGUCUCGCAGCCAGCAGCGGAUCGCGAUGGAUCUUCCGACGGCGGAACCUGCGAGCGAUUUCUUCGAGUACACCUCCGACGAGGAUGGUGGUGGUGGUGGCGGGCACCAGCCGGUCUCGGUUUCGGACACGGAAAACACCGUCAAGUGGAAUUUCCGACGGCGGCACAAGUUGCGGCAGUCCGAUCGCAUCCGGAAGCUGACCCAGCUCGGGUGCGAAACGCAAUAUCUUAUGCCACCGGAGUUGAUCGUCCGAUCCGCCACCGACGGAGCCCGCAACUUGCUGUCGGAGGAAUCCGAGGACGACAAGCACAAGAUGGCAAUCAGCAUCAUCAAGGAGUUCCCGCCAGUGCUGGGGAAGGAGCGAUCCUGGCUGGGCUGCAGCGCCCGGAGUAGCAACGAUCGCUACCGUGAACUGAUGAAACCGAUGAGUCCGGACAGCCUACGGCAGCACCAUCUGUCGUUCCGGCGGUCCAUUUGGACCGGGACGCACUCCGAUGGUUACGUGAACGAUGCGUCCUCAUCGCCGUACGCCUGUUUUCGGCCCCUAUCCUGGGGAAUCCCACCGGUCCUAACGAUGUCCUCUCACUUCGACAACGAAGCCUUGCUGACUGCCUGCUCCCAGAAACUAGCUGCCUGGAAGGACGAAAAACGCAGCCUCAAAGAGAAACACCAUAAAAGCAUGUCCCGUUUGGCGGCUGUCGCAGCCGCAAAAAUCGACAAGGAAACCCGCUCGGCAACAAGUAGUGCCAUCGGUGGUUCCAGAUCGCGCCCCCUGAUUGGGGACAUUGCGUCGGGUAACCACAGCCACCACAACCACCAUUAUCAUGGAAAACAACCGCGAGGUGGAGGUUCAUCUUCAACUGCCGCCGGUGGAACUGGAAAACCAUCCGAUGCCGAAACAGGCGGAGGGAUGGCAAAAGUUCGCAGGAAAACGAGAUCAACGCUGAACAAAAUAGCCGAAAAAGCAGACAUGAUCACUCACCUGACCCGCAGCGCCCGAUCCAGCCAGUCGAGUCGACGCCUUUCAGCGGCAGGAACGACGCUAACCGCGAAUGGACUUUUGUCUCCACGCAAAACAAAUAGUACCAACAAUCUGCUCGGUCCCGGAACCAACAACAACACCAACGGUAGCAACACUGCCCUUCUCGUGUCAAGCCAAUCGCUGAAGGUGCCCUCCUCAGUAACGCUGUCUGCCAACGGCAACGGUGGCCAGCAGACUCAGCCGCCUCAAUCGGCUAAGUUCAAAACGGGUGGGAUUGUAGUGACGGCCGCCCAGCCACUGCCACGACAACGACGGUCGCACCACUUGCUGCGAUCCGUGCGGACGCCGAAUAAUAACGCUUCCACUUCCUCGACUUCCGGAAUAACCGUCGUCGGAGGAAACUCGCCAACGAAACUGACCACUGCACACGGGAGCACAAUCGGCACCACAAUCGAUAUCCAGCUAACAACCACGCUUUGUUCCGAGACCGAGUCUGAAAAGAACAUUAAAUACAUUAGCGCCAAAAAGCAUAAGAAAAAGAGAGGUUUGGGGGCGAAAAGUAAAUCGGUCUCAAUGUUAGCCGCCAACUGAAAGCCUACAAAUUUCUGAAAACUUAGAAAUAUGUGGGGAAGGUUCCAUUUUAUUUUCCAUUGAUAAGUUUUUUCGAUAUGAAAAAGCACCUUAUUAAAUUUUAAUUCAGUAUCGAUUUGACUCUGAUAAAAUGUUGUGGUACUAGUUUUUGAUUUAGUUGCCUUCCAAAAUUUAUAAAGCCCUCGGAUUCAAGGGUGCUUUAUGAUAAGGCUUAUUGAAAAACAACCUCAUAACCGGAUGUUUGACUUCCGUUGCUUGAAAUUUUACUUGUUGUGUCCCUACGAUAUACAUUUAAGGAAUCAAAUAAUUGUGUAAAUAUUAUCAAGACGAAUGUUUAUAACACAAAGAAUCAUUACGAGCGUAUUGUGAAUAAUAUUAUAUACGGCUUAAGUCGCUAAGGAGAUUAAAAAAUAUUGGUAAAAAAUA